UCCCGCCCGCCAGGCCGCGCGCCCCGGCCGGUGGGCCGACGCCGAGCCCCGAUGGCGGCGCCGCGGCCCCGCGCCGAUGGGCCCUGCUGCUCCCAGCCCAGCGCGGCGGCUGGCGUGCGGCAGACGCUCGAUGAGAUGGACUUCGAGAGGGGAAUCUGGUCCGCCGCCCUGAAUGGAGACCUGGGCCGAGUGAAGUAUUUAAUCCAGAAGGCAGCCGACCCCAGUCAGCCCGACUCGGCUGGCUACACCGCGCUGCACUACGCCAGCCGCAAUGGGCACUACGCCGUGUGCCAGUUCCUGCUGGAAAGUGGGGCUAAGUGUGAUGCCCAGACCCACGGCGGGGCCACUGCUCUCCACCGGGCCAGCUACUGUGGCCACACUGACAUCGCACGGCUUCUGCUUUCUCAUGGGUCCAACCCCAGGUUGGUAGAUGAUGAUGGCAUGACCAGUCUGCAUAAGGCUGCUGAAAAGGGUCACGUGGACAUUUGCUCCCUCCUGUUGCAGCACAGCCCAGCCCUGAAGGCCGUCCGGGAUCGGAAGGCACGACUAGCAUGUGACCUACUGCCCUGCAACAGUGACCUGUGGGACCUGCUGGCCAGCUGAAUCCCUCCCUUCUGUCUCAAGCUGCCAUGCAAGGGACACAGACUAGCUGUCCAAGCCCCCAUCUUGGUCAGCGUCCAUGCUACAGGGUGGGAAACUGAGGCCAGAAGACCCAGGAAGAGCCCCAUUCUGGCCACUGUGGAAGCGAGGGAAUGGAUAUGGUGGGGCCGCACGGCCUAAGCCUGGACAAGUGAUCGUAUUCCAAAUUAGUUCAUAUGGAAACAUCUAUCCAUUUGGAAAAAAUAAAGUUAUAUAUCCUCACCUCA